AUGUACGUGGGCCCGGCCACUUUCGCAGGCGGAGACGUCGUUGUCGGCAUCAGGCUGGACGAGAAGAGGUCUUCCUCCGAUUGCGACGGCAAAUACCAGAACGAGAGGUAUUUCCGUUGCGCUGCCGGCUACGGGAUCUACCAGGCCACUGUCCGUCGUCGGUCGUCGUCGCCUCCGAGCGCGGCGGCGCCCGAGGAGAUCAAGCAGCUCGUCAUCUCGCCCGCGCCGACGGCGGAGGCGUUCGACCUGGACGGGGCGCUGGGCGGGCUCGUCGGCCUCCGGGAGGUGAAGGACUCCAUCCGGCACGCGCGGAACUUUAUCGAGGUGCAGCGCCGGCGAAGUUCCGUGACCGGCGACAAAACGUCGCGGGCCCUGCACUUCGCCUUCGUCCACAGCGGGGCCGGCUCGGGCUCUGGCACGGUGGCGCGGCUGCUAGGGGCCCUGCUGCUGAAGCUCGGGGUUCUGAGUACGGGCCACGUGGUGGAGGUGACGCGCAAGGACCUGCUCUCUGGUUGUGGCAGCGGGGAGGUGGAGGCGCGGAUGAAGAAGGUGGCCAAGGCCAGCGACGGCGGCAUCAUGCUCGUCAAGGACGCCGACCAGCUGAAGGACUCUGAGAGGUCCGACCGCCUGGGCGAGGAGGCCCAGCUGGCCCUGAGCAGGCAGAUGGAGAGCGUCUCG